AUGAAACGAACUCAUACAAUAUUUUCGAAAUGCUUUUAGAAUAUUAAACUCAGAAAUUAAUUGAUUCUAAUUGCUUUUGUCUAAGCAUUUAUAAUUAUGUCCUAUGUUCUAGCAUAAAAUAUGAUUCAUCUUUCUCUACUUAAUGUUUACUUUUAAGACACUUCAAAUAGUUUGUAUAAAGACAAUUCAAAUAGGAUUCAAUCAUCUAUAAUCAAAUUAUAUAGAAGUUACUUUGACAAAGUUUUCUAUUUAAGUAAAAUAUAUUUCUAAUUAGAUGGUAACACUCUAAUCUCAUUUCACAGAUUAUAUCACUAUACAAGAAAGCAAGUACUCCUUUAACAUAAUUAUACAACAAAUGAUGCUUUCUAAAUGCCUUAUGGUGGAAUUAAUCCUAUCCCUGAUCCUUUUCGGAUAAUUAAAGGAUAUGGUAAUUCUGAUAUUUCAUAUUGCUUUAUGUGUUAUUCAAACUUAAGUUCUUAUAGUGAACCUAAGACAAUUGAUGAAUUGAUUGGAAUAAAAAUGCAAGAAUAAGUUUAAGCAUAUGGUUAACUUUUGUAUUAAGGAAAAGAGAUCAACCAAUAUUUCUUUUAUUCUUAUAUUGUAAAGGAAAAAAUAACUUCAAUCUAUCCUUGUUUAAAUAGACAAUAAGGAAUUUAUAAUUAUAAACCAGAGUAACGAGAUUGGUAUAUUGAGUUACAAAGGAACUAUGAUUAAACAUUAAAUUAUAAUACAUACAAUUAUACUUUUACAAAUCCUUUUAUGUGUAAUAAAAUUAUACAUUAUUACUAGUAUUUACUGAAAAACGAAUUGGAUUAUCAAUGACAAUGCCUAUAGUGGAUGAAUAAGCCAAAUUAAUAGGAGGAUUGGGAUCAAUAUUCUUAGGAAAUGAUUUUGUUCAAGAAGUUGAUUAGAAGUAAUUUGGAUUUUAAAUUAUGUAUCUAAUUUCAAAUGAGGGAAUUAUGAUUAUGCAUCCUUAUCAAGUUUCAAAUGAAUAUCUACCAUUAUACAUAUUCAAUUAAACAAUUACUGGAUUUAAUUAAACUGAUUGGGAAGAGAUGAGAAAACAAAAUGGAUCUUCAAAUUGCCCAAAAUUUGAGUAAUUCAAUUCUAGUCUUUAAUGUCGAUUUAAUUCUGUAUAUAAUCAAGAGAUGAUUAUUGGUAUUCAAGAAAUACCUUAAUUCAAGAUGAUAUUAAUAAUGUAUAAAUAUUUUAAUAAAAAUAGGUUAUAAAGUAGUAAAGAAUACUUAGAGUUUUAUUAUAAAUUUGAAAAUUAAUUGGAGGAUAAUUUAUAGAAGACUAUAUCAUUAAAUAUUACAACAUUGUUUGGAUUGUUGAUAUUAGCAUGCAUCUUUAUUUAUAUAAUGACUUAGAUUCUCUUUUUUCCAAUAUAUGUAGUUUAGAAUUAUGCAUAAAAUUUAAUCUCAUAAAAAAAGAAAGAAGAUAAACCUAUUCCAUCCUUUAUUUAAAAAUGUAUGAGCAAAUAAGUUAGAUAUUUAUUAUAAACUUUAACAUUUAUAGAAUAUAAAUUAGAAUAGUUAUCUUUUCGAAAGACUGAAUAAUGUUCUUUUUUUGAGAAUAUUUAAUUUCCACGAUAGAAUAUAUCAUUUCAAACUCAUCUAUAAUAAUAUUAGGAAUUCCUUAGAAUUCAUUGUGUUAAAAAAGUAAAAUUAUAACAAAUAGAUAAAAAUUAAAAUUAAAAUUUCCUAAAUUAGAAUAGUUUUUAUUUAAAACAAAUUCUAUAAGUAAUUAGAAAAGCUAAUUUAUAUCAAACUUAUUGA